GGGCUUUUUUUAUUCCUUUAUUAUUCAGGUAGGACAGUUGAGAGAGGACAGGAAAGCAUUGGGUAGAGAGAGGGGCGGGAUCGGCAUAGGACUGCAAAACGGGAAGCGAAACUCGGGUCGCCAUGACAGCAGUUGCGCUGUAGACGCUGACAAGAUUUAUUUUUUGCAUUUUAGCCUUUUUAUUAUGAUAAGACAGAUCAGAGCUGACAGGAAGCGAAGUGAGAGAGAGAUAAAAGCGGGACCGGGAAAGGCCCUCGAAUUGGGAUUCGAACUCGGGAUGCCCAUAUGUCGGCGUGCUACCCACAAGGCUAUUGGCGCUGAAGUUGCAAUGUCAUUUUGACCACAUAAAUGCAGAUUUGGUGAGCAUAAGGUACUUCUUUCAAAGACAUUUAAAAAAUCUUACUGACCCCAAACUUUUAAACAGUAAUGAAUAAUCACCACUGACAAAACUAAAUUCAAAUGAAUAAAGAUGUAGUCCAUAUAUUGUACAUGGUUGUGUGAACAGAACAGAAUGUGUCGUACAACCUUGAGUGGUUCAUGUUUUGGCUAAGUCAUUAGAUUAGAUUAUCAGAAGACAAAGAACAACAACCCAAGGUCGGUAGACACCCAGAGUAAACGUAAAAGACUAUUACACUAAAGUCUGACUGAAGAAUGUCCCUGGACUUUAACUAUGCUCAUAUCCACAUAAAAGCAAUCUAAGCUGCUAAGAGAAGUGGAAAAGUCAACAUGAUCAAAUACCUGAUAAAAAUCUGUGAUGUUGACGUUUAAGCCAGUUUGUGUAAAACAUGUUUUUUUAUAUAAUCUAGUAAUAUUUCAGUUUUUGGAAAUAAUAAUAAAAUUUAAAUAAUAAUAAAUACAAAUACAAAUAUGAUAAAAAUUCAAUUAGAACAAAAAAUGUAAUUGUUACUAUACCCCUACAAUCUCCUUAUGUAUCUUUCACAAUGUCUAUUUGAUAAUAUGUAACGUCAUUGCAUUAAUAAAACGUAUUCAGUUGAUUUCAUGUCAGUAGUGGCUUCUUUUUGUAAAAAUAGGCAGACUGCUGACUAACACCUUGACACUGUUUCUCAACUCCCAUCCCCAGCCCAUGGCAUUGAGGCUGUCCUUGGCAAUAAGGUUUAAAAAUGCACCACCCUCCCAGUCCGCUCCACCAUCUCUAAAGGCUCGUCACAUCACUGUGGUUUCCAGACUCUGCCCUCUGGAACGGUUAAAUCAAAGUGGCAUAAUACAAAGUGUUACCCAGGAGUGAAGUGGUGCUGGUGGCACUUGCCAUGACUCUGUCAGGAGAUGUGUGUGUUGUGACGGGAGCCUGCGGGUUUCUGGGAGAAAAGCUGGUCAGGCUGUUGCUGGAAGAGGAGAAGCUUGCUGAGAUCCGACUGCUGGAUAGAAACAUCCGGUCUGAGCUAAUACAGUCUCUUGAUGAUUUCAAGGGAGAGAGUAAAGUGAGUGUUUUUGAGGGAGAUAUCAGGGACCGUGAGCUACUAAGAAGAGCCUGUAAAGGAGCAGCACUUGUUUUCCACACUGCAUCUCUCAUCGAUGUCAUUGGAGAAGUUGAAUACAGUGAAUUAUAUGGAGUUAAUGUCAAAGGAACACAGCUGCUGCUCGAGACCUGCAUUCAAGAAAACGUGGCCUCCUUCAUUUACACUAGCAGCAUUGAGGUGGCUGGUCCCAAUCCCCAUGGUGAUCCAAUAAUUAAUGGCAAUGAGGACACCCCUUACUCCUCCUGUCUUAAGUUUAGCUACAGCAAAACCAAGCAGGAGGCUGAACAGAUUUGCCUUCAGGCCAAUGGAGAGCUGCUCCGUAAUGGAGGUCAGCUGGCAACCUGUGCACUGAGGCCAAUGUACAUCUAUGGACCAGGCUGUCGAUUUACUUUAGGCCACAUGAGGGAUGGAAUCCGCAGAAAUAUGCUGCUGAGAACAUCACGACGCGAGGCAAAAGUGAAUCCUGUAUAUGUGGGAAACGCAGCCCUGGCACAUAUACAAGCAGGUCGGGCUCUCAAAGAUUCCCAGAAAAGGGCCGUGAUGGGUGGAAACUUCUAUUUCAUCUCAGACGACACACCGCCUGUUAGCUACUCGGACUUUAACUAUGCUGUUCUUUCACCAUUAGGCUUUGGGAUACAAGAGAGGCCCAUUCUGCCCUUCCCACUUCUGUAUCUUCUGUCGUUCCUCAUGGAAAUAUUGCAUGUUGUGCUCCAACCCUUCCUGAAGUUCACUCCUCCCUUAAACAGGCAGCUACUGACCAUGUUAAACACACCCUUUAGUUUCUCAUAUCAAAAGGCCCACAGGGAUUUUGGAUAUAGCCCUCGCUAUGACUGGGAAGAGGCACGUAAAUGCACUAGCGACUGGUUAGCAUCUGUCUUACCCACAGAGAGACAACAAAUUAACUUGAAAUGAAUGAACAUUAUGUUUAAUAAUAUUGUGCUACCUGUAUUGCUAAGCAGUCAUGUUCUGCCUGAUGUUUUAUAGUAAACUUUUAUCUAAUUUGAUCCACGGUAGUAGAAAACAUUCGUUGUCUAAUGUUUAGUGAAUAAUGCUUGUUUUAUGGUUAAAAAAUGACUGGAAUAUUGUUUUCACAUCUCACAAAUACAAAUAUCCAUAUAAAGAAGUAGUAAAUAGUAGUAAUAAAAAGUACUAAAACCUUUUACUUAUUCCAAAAGAAGAUUUUAUUACCAUAUUUUAUGACUAUAAAAAUGUAUUUUAAAAUGAAAAAAUAAUUUCAGAAAUAAAGACAAACCAAGUAUCAAUGCUGUUUAGACAGUACUUAAUCAAUUUCAAAUGACUUGCAAUUAAACACUAUGUUGUGGUAAUUCAUAGGCCUACCUGUUUGAGUCUGUAUAUUAGCCUACUCAACUUGUCUGUUUAGUGGUGAGUUUUCAGUGACCCGUAUUGCAUGUUGCAAGUUUUUAUUCAUUUACCAACAUACGGAGAACAAGUCGUUUUGAGGAAACAUGCUAAGUAUCAUGAAUAUUUGAUAAAUGCUGUGAAAUUGAUCAAUAGUUAUUAUAACUCGAUA